AUGUCGGACUUUCCGCCCAACUUAUCAAUUAGACCAUUGACUAUUGAAGAUCUAGACCAAUGUGUACAAUUAGAAGAAAAGGGAUUUCCUGAAGAAGAAAGAUGUAGUGAAUCAAAAUUACAAUAUAGAUUAACUGUUGCCCCCGAACUAUGUUCAGGUUUAUUCAUAAGAGAUUUUGAUUAUAAAUAUAACUUUAUAAAUUUACCGGAAGUUGCUGAAGAAUUAUCAAAACAACACAAUAAUGUGGAAUAUGAUGAUGAUGAAUUUGAAGAUGAUUAUCCAGCUAAAUCUUCAGUUACUAAAGAAACUUUAAUUGGUCAAAUCAUUGCAACAAAAAUACCAGGUGACAAAAUCACCGAGGAAUCAAUGGAAAUAGGUAAUCAUAAGGAAUCAUCGAGGCAUAUUGGAAUACAUUCAGUAGUAAUAGAUCCAACUUGGAGAGGAAAAAAUUUAGGACCAUUAUUAUUACAUGAUUAUAUUCAAAAAUUAUCGAAUCAAGAUUUAGGUGAUCAAGUAGUUAUAAUAUCUCAUAAGGACUUGGUACCAUUUUAUGAAAAAAUUGGAUUUAAUGAUAUUGGUGAAAGUGAUUGUAAAUUUGCAAAUAGUACUUGGCACGAUUUGUCUAUCGAUUUAAUAGCUAAAGAUGAAUAG